CAGCCUUCACUUUUGAAACGCUCUCAUGGAACCGGAACAAUCAGUUCCGUAUAAAUUCUGAACAAUCAGUUCGACAGUUCCGUCUUCAGACAAAGAACUUUUCUCUCUUGCUUUCGAUCACUCCCGCCGAUACAAUCCGCCGGCCACUCAAACCCAAUCCACGGUGAUGUCUGGGAUCGAUAGGAUCAGCGAAUUGCCGGAAUCAUUGCUUACUCAAAUACUCUCUUUCCUUCCGACAAAACAAUCGGUGCAGACAAGUGUUUUGUCAAAAAGAUGGAAGAAUCUGUAUCUAAACGUUCCCGGUCUUGACUUAAACUUAUCUCUCAUUCCUUAUGAUGCUGAUGAACUUCUCUUAAGCUUCUUAACCUUCAUUGACAAGCUUCUCGAGUUUAGCCCUGAGCCUGUUCUUUUUAAAGUCAAGGUUAAGUGCAGAGUCACGAUGAUAGACGGGUUCAGGGAUCGGAUCGGUACAAUGAUUAACCGGGGGACGCAGCAUCUCGAUGUUGAGAGUAGUACCUAUGAUAUAGAGGACGACUCUUUUCACCAUCCUUGUGUUGACUCCAUGCCUAUGAAUCUCUACACGAGCAAGACAUUGGUUUACUUGAAGCUCACGUCUUCUGGUCUUAGGGAUCCUGGUGUUGUUUUCAUGCCUUGUCUUAAAUUCAUGCAUCUCGAAGAAGUUAAAUGGCGUGUGCAUCUGGAGACGCUUCUCUCAGGGUGUCCUGUUCUUGAGGAGCUGACCUUGUUGAGGGAUCUGGAUGAUGAUUAUGCAGUUGCCUAUGAUGAAUUUACGGUUAUGCGUGUGAGGUCUCAGAGCUUGAAGAGGUUCCGUGUGCUGCCGCUUAGGCAGGUUAGGGAUUGCAGGUCGAGAGUGAAUUGCACGCUUGAGAUUGAUGUUCCGGGGCUAAAGAUUAUGAGUCUCGGAGAGGAUCAAUUUGAUAGCAUUGUGGUAAAGAACCUGACUUCUUUGUUGGUGGUUGAGCUUGAUAUCAAGUUUUUUGUCACGUUUGGAGUAAUCUUUAAUCCAUGGAACUUAGCAAAGAGCAAUGAGAUUCGUGAUUUUCUCAAUGGGAUAUCGAGUGCUAGGCAUAUGAUCAUCUCUGCCAAAACAGUUAAGGCCCUUGAGUAUUACUCACAAGCAGAAAUGAUUCCCAAGUUCAACAACUUGUCCCGUUUAGAAGCAGUGUUCCAUAGCAAUUUAUUGCAGUUUUUGCCAGCCUUUCUUGAGUGUUUCCCCAAUCUGAAACACCUAGUCUUGAAGGUUGUUCACUCAGAGGAGAUGGAGGAGGGAUUGGAACUCACAGAUGUGCCACGGUGUGUCUCAUCGACUCUUGAGUGUGUUGAGAUUCAAGAAAAAUUACAAUGGGAAGAAGGGAAGAUGAAAACAACAAGUUACUUUCUUGGAAACUCAGCAGUGCUGAAGAAACUCAUUCUGAGCCCCACAGCUUAUGAUCCUCGAGAUGUUCUGGAAUCAGAAAUAUGGGAGAUGGUUAAUAAACUCACAAAACGUUCUGCAGGAUGUGAAAUUAUCAUUGGAGCCAUGAAGGAGGAGGUCGUUAUCAUUUGAUUUGAUGAGUCUUCUUCUUAGUUUUGGUUGGAUUCCUUUUGACCAUUGGUGCUGAUACAAGUUCUUCAUGACUUGCGAAUCUUGUUUUCCUUUUUUUCCCUUUUGAAAGUCCCAAUCCCAGUUUCUUUGGAUAUAUCUCUUAUAUAAAUGAUGAUUUUACAUUCUCU